AUGAAAGGUUGCAGUGUGCAAGCUAGAAGUAAUAAUGAUAUUGAUGAUGAGAUAAGGAAAUGUUCUGAUGGAGAUCGGACCCCUGCUGCUGCUGCUACUGGCCAAUGGCGACCUGCUGUCCAUCAUUCAGCUAUUGUGGAGCGGGCUAGGAUUCUAAUAGAAAUCAUCGGCUAUUUGCUUCUGUGUGGACAUCGUGUGCGCCUCUUAAAGUUAAAUUCUUUAUUUGGCUUGCCUUGUAUGGUAGGAUAUUUUCUCUUGAUAGUUUUUACGGAUAACUCUUUAUGCUCACUUUGCAGUGUGAUGGAGACUCAAUCUCGUAUUGUCAUUCAUUGUAAAUUUGCCCAAAGCGUUUGGUGUGGCAUUCUUCACAAAUUUGAUAUUCCCUAGUCUUUUCCUAAUUUCUUUGGUGAUUCUAUGGUGCAAUGAAUAUCAUUUCUAAAAGGUUGUAUUGGAAACUUUGGCAAGUUUUUUUUUUAAUUCUUUGGGAGAUAUGAAAAUGCAGAAACAUCAAAGUUUUUCAGCAUAAAGAAUCAAGUAAAGAGGCGGUGAUUCUAAACUGUUUUUCUAAGGCAGCUUUUAUUUACAAGUGUAAUAGGGAGUUU